AUGCUCCGUCUCCCGCCCUCGCUCCUCGUCCUCCUCGCCGCAGCGACCCAGCUCCGCGCGCAGCAGCAGCAACAUCCCACCGCCAUCCGCAAGAUGUCCCUCGACGAAGGCGAGAUGUUCCUACCGGAAUACUACGCCUUCGCGCCGUCGCAGCUACAGCCUCGCAACGAAGAACAAGAAGUAGAAGAGCUCCUACUAGCAGGAAACAGCUCCGCCACGAUCCCCUUCCGUCCACCGUUCCCGUUACACUACGACUACCUAAGCAGAAGAGCGGAAGCAGCAGGAGCGGGAGGAGGAACAGUAGGAGAAGGAGACUCGGGACCGUCCUCGUACAACCGCGCGCGCGACGUCCUAGCCAAGCUGCAGGGCCGGCAGUUCGCGUGUCCCGAGGGCACGCACAGCUGCGAGAAUAUCAACCAGCCGAACUACUGCUGCUCGCAGGGCACCCGAUGCUUCGCGGUCACGAACGCCCCCGAGGCCGGGAACGUGGGGUGCUGUCCCGACGGGCAGACGUGCGGUGUGACGGUGGGACAGUGCUCUGAUGGAUCUACGGCGUGUCCGGCGAAUCAGGGGGGCGGGUGCUGCAUUGCUGGGUUCGUGUGUGCGGAUAUUGGGUGCGUGCAUAGCACUGUCUCCGUCAUCACCCCUACGACUACAACAUCUAGUACCGUAUCUACAUCGUCCUCCGUCUUAGCAUCAUCUUCAUCAACAAUAUCAUCGUCUUCAUCCCCCCCUUCCUCCACCACCGCAGCAGGCGGCAUCCCACCCUACCGCCCCACGGGCACUUCAACCACCACUCCUCCUCCUGCCACCUCCUCCCCAACCACAUCCUACUGCCCAACCGGUUUCUACGCCUGUCUCGCGCGCGAAGGCGGUGGAUGUUGCCGCACGGGCCGCGACUGCAGCACGACGUCCUGCCCCGCGCCCCCUCCCAUGACGACCAUCAUAUCCGACGGAGCGACCAUCGCGGUCCCGGUAUCCGACGCGCAAGCAGCCGCACCGCCUACGGGGACUGCUGCUACUUGUGCCUCGGGGUGGUUCCUGUGCGGCGAGGACGCGGGGCCGGUGGCCGGGUGCUGUCCCUCGGGGUAUUCCUGCGGAACGGCGAGCUGUACGCUGGCGGCGAGCUCGGCGACGGCUACGGUGCAGAAGGAGUUGCCGAGCGGUGCUGUGUCUGUGGGAACUACCAGUCCACCAGAUUGA